AUGGAGAACUGCUUGCUUGACCUCGCAAAGAACGAAGUCCAAAGUUUGGUGAGUCUCAUAAAAAAUGAAGCUCAAUAUUUAUGUUGUUUCAGUAGUUAUGUUGAAAAAUUUGAUCAAAGAAAGGAACAACUAGCUGCAAAGCACCAGGAUAUGAAGAGAAAGUUUCAAAAAGGGAGAGGUGUUUAUAGUUUUAAGAAUGAAGCACGGCAAUGGGAACGCGAAGCAGAUAAAAUCAUCAAUAUAGACACUAAAAUAAAGAAGAAAUUCUUUUUGGGCUGGUGUCCUAAUUGCUGGUGGCAAUAUCAAAGAGGUAAGGAGUUAGCAGAGAAGACUCAGUAUAUUGAAGAAUUAUUGGAAAGAUGUAACUCUGAUGUGGAAGCUAGUCGAGCAAAUGUAUCAAACAUAAACCACAUUUCUCUACAAGAUUUUAUUCAUUUCAACAGUAGAGAGUCAGAAUUCCAGCAUCUAAUGGAGGCACUGCAGAAUGAGAAUUGCAAUAUGAUUGGAUUGGAAGGAAUGGGGGGAGUAGGCAAAACUUCAAUGGCAAAAGAAGUCGGUCAUAAACUAGAAGAAUCUAAAUUGAUAGACAAAAUCAUCUUUCUUGUUGUCUCCAAGCCUCCAGAUUUCAAAGAGAUUCGCGGUAAACUUGCAGAAGGUUUGGAUUUGAGUUUAGAGGAAGUGAAAGAAGAAGAACUCUCAAGUACAAUAUUUUCCAGAAUCACAAAAAUGGAUAAAAAAUUGCUUAUAAUACUAGAUGAUGUAUGGGAAAAGUUUGAUUUGGUAGAAAACUUGGGGAUUCCAUCUGACCACAAGGAUUGUAAUUUAUUGAUAACAACACGUAAUUCACAUGUUUGUAGAGAAAUGGGAGGCCAAGUGAUUGAACUAAAUAAGUUAAACAACAAAGAGGCACUGAACCUUUUUGAAGCACAUGCUAAUAUGAAUAACUCCACCCGUGGCUUGAAAGGUAUGCCAGAAAAAAUUGUGAAGCAUUGUGGAGGAAUACCAAUUGUAAUUGUAGCAAUAGCUAGAGCAUUAAAAAAUCAACCUGCACGAGUUUGGAAGGAUGCUUUGAAAACCUUGGAAGAUCAUGUUGUUGAUCCAAAUUUGGAAGAGGCUUAUAAAUGCUUGAAGUUAAGCUACGAUAACUUGAAAAAUGAAAAGGCCAAAGAGCUCUUUCUUAUAUCUUCUUUGUUUCCAGAAGAUUACCAAGUUCCUAUACAAUUUUUAACCAAAAUUGGUAUAGGGUUGGGUUGGGUUGUUUUGGGGAAAAUGACAGAUACCAUUUAG